GUUUGAGCUAGUCAAAUACAUUACAAUUUUUCAGAUUUACAAGCAACACAUUUCUUACGACUUGUGUACCCAAUGUCUAGCGAUUCACCUGAGCAGGAGCAGUACUAUCUCACACCGGAACGUCAGCGUAACUUCGUUCCCAAGCCUGGGUUUGCUUAUUUUCUGGUCAUUCUUCGGGUAACUCCAGGAUUGCGAUUUGGACUUGGAAUAAAGACAUAUCGCAAUUUGGUCAUUGUUAGCAGAGUGGAGCCCGGCACACUUUCUGCCGAUGCUUUACAAGUUGCGGAUAGAAUAGUUGACGUCAAUGGCAAACCAGUAUCUGACAAGGACGUAGCAAAAACGCUGAUAUUGAGAUCACUUCAGGCAGAUGGCUCUGUCAACAUGAUUGUGGAACGAGCCGUGGAACCAGCUGCCAAAGCUACAAUGGAGGGCUAUCUCAAUGCAUCUCUAUAUCAACCUCCAUCGGUGGCGAUGGCGUCGGACGUUAAGUCGAUUGUGCAGAGAUACUUCGAAAAAUUGAAGAAGGGUCCAAGUGCUAAACCAGUACCUGCGCUUCGUAGAAGUAAUCGCGAAUAUGGACGAGUGCAAUUUCAAGAGGGAGCUACGCACAAAUCUGUCCAGAUUGGUGUCGACCAUCAAAGCAAAGUCCACUUGUUGAGGAAAGUUCCGCAAAGACAACCUCCUCCUCCUCAUCGCGAUUCUGCCGAAGGAAGCGGUGAAUAGAUUUGCUCAUAAUCAGUUGAACCUUGCAAUGAAUAAAACUUAAUUUAUUCGAUCAUAAACAGCUCCAUGAACUUAGAUUUACAUAAAACUUAGAUAACUGUUCUAGAAC